AUGCGUAUGAUGAAGAGAGACAAAAACUUGAGUCUUAUUCUUCUGCUAUGCAUCAUCCUUUUUGCAGGUUUUGGAGCUGAAGCUUUAUCCUAUGAUCACACUGUCAGCAUUGAAUGUUUGACACACCCUCAUAAGCCACAGUACAAUGGAGGAAUCAUCCAAAACCCAGAACUGAAUAAUGGAUCACAAGGUUGGAUUCAAUUUGGUGAAUCAGCAAUACAACAUAGAGAAUCAUUAGGGAACAAAUACAUUGUGGCACAUAAUAGAACUCAAACUUAUGAUAGUGUCUCCCAGAAGGUUUUCUUGCAAAAGAACAAGCACUAUGCUUUAUCUGCUUGGAUACAAGUGAAUGAGGGAAAUAAUGUUGAAGUAACAGCAAUGGUUAAAACAAGGAAAGGGAUAAAAUUUGCUGGUGCCACAAUUGCAAAGUCUAAUUGCUGGUCUAUGAUAAAGGGUGGUCUCACAACAGAUACAUCAGGAAUUGCUAAACUCUAUUUUGAAAGCAAGAAUACUGAUGUGGAAAUAUGGGUGGACAGCGUUUCCUUACAACCCUUCACAGAAGAGGAAUGGAAGUCUCAUCAAGAUUACAAUAUUGAAAAGGCAAGAAAGAGAAAGGUGUCAAUCCAAAUAUUGGAUAAAGAAGGAAAACCUCUUAGAAAUGCAAGUGUAUCACUUCAACAAACAAGGUCACGCUUCCCAUUUGGAAGCGCAAUAGACAAAUCCAUUCUCAACAACCCUGCAUACCAAAAAUGGUUCCUCCAAAGGUUCACAGUCACAACAUUCACCAAUGAAAUGAAAUGGUACAGCACAGAAUCCGUCCGGGGCCGGGAGGACUACUCGGCCGCGGACGCGAUGCUAGGCUUUGCCAGGAGAAACCGCAUUGCUGUUAGAGGCCACAACAUAUUCUGGGAUGACCCCAAAUUCCAACCUGGUUGGGUCCCUUCACUUUCACCACAAGAACUCAAUAUAGCAGUGCAGAAGAGGCUUCAAUCUGUUGUUUCAAGAUACAGAGGCCAAGUUAUUCAUUGGGAUGUUGUUAACGAGAACAUGCAUUUUUCAUUCUUUGAGAGUAAACUUGGACAAGAUUUUUCAGCUAAGGUUUUCAGUGUGGCUCAUGGGAUUGAUGGUGGUGCUACAUUGUUCUUGAAUGAGUUUAAUACAAUUGAGGAUAAUAGAGAUAAUGCAGCAAACCCUGCAAGGUAUAUUCAGAAGCUUAGACAGAUUCAAAAUUAUCCUACUUUUAAGAGCAGAGGAGGAGUUGUUGGAAUUGGCCUUGAAGCACAUUUUCCUAAUUUUCCUCCUAAUUUGCCAUACAUGAGAGCUUCCAUUGAUCAACUUGUUGCCACUCGUUCACCAGUUUGGAUAACAGAAAUUGAUGUUUCACCCCAAAAUAAUCAGGUGCAAUCCUUUGAACAAGUUCUAAGAGAAGCACACUCUCACCCUGGCGUCCAGGGAAUUAUAAUGUGGACAGCAAGAUCACCACAAGGUUGCUACAGAAUUUGUUUAACAGACAACAAUUUCAACAACUUGCCUGCAGGUGGUGUUGUGGACAAGCUUCUUCAUGAAUGGGGCCUCAGACCAUUCUCAGCAAACACUGAUCACAAUGGCUUCAUUCAUGUUUCUCUUUUCCAUGGAGAUUACAAGUUGGAAAUCAAUCACCCUCUCAUCAACAACAACAACAAUUACUCUUUCACUCACCACCUUCAAGUGAAUCCAAUACAUCAUCAUCAUCAUAAUAAUGGGUCCCACAUCACUACACAGAUUGUUAAGCUUUCUGUCUAG